UUCCGGGAGGAGGAGGGGGGAGGGGGUGGUUGCGGGAAACGAACGUCCUUUUUGCCACGAAAGGUGGUGGUUGCGGUGCUCCUUGCCGCGGUUCUUGGGGACCGCCAGCGUCGCUAAUGCGGUGCCGCGCUGUUCCUUGUGUCGGUGGAGCCAGAUUCCGGUGGGAUUUCCGCAGAUUCGUCUUUCCCGGGGCUUCGACCUGUGAGAUGCGGGCAGGGAUUGGGCUUUUUAGUCGGUACUAUAUGUAUUUACGGACUUCUUUUAUUCUGAGUUUUUGGGGAAUUACUGGGAAUAUAUUUGUCUUGUGGUCGAGGAAUCAUUUCUCACCUACCACUUCUUGGCUGCUAUUUCUAGUCGUAAUUUCUUAAACUAAAAAAGGGGUAGUAUUUGGCUUCUUGGUUUUUCAGAAAGAUGCCUAGAUCUGGCACUAGUUCAUCCGUCUUUUUCUCUUUAUGCGGGCGGCUAGUUCAUCGAUCUGAAACGGGCAUUGCCCCCCGUGAGCUUUGCUGCCAGGCUCCGAUUUAUUUUCCAGCGUUACUUUGUUCGUAUGCUUAAGGCCUGGCUGGUUAGGAUCUAGAUGUCAUGCAAAUCGAUUACUCACUGCAAGAGUAGAAUGGUGUCAAAAGUUAUUUUAUUUACCGUUCUGGUUGCUGCAUAUAACUAUGUUGCUAAGUAUCACUGGGAGUCCUUUGCUCAAGCUUCAAGCUAUAUCUGAGAUCUGAUGUUGUCUUUGCCAACUUCACUGCACACUGGUAGUCAUAUUUCAACUGUGUUAGUGGGUGGGACACACGUUUCUGCAUACAUUUGGGCGUGCUUAGUUAUUUCAGGGGAGAUGUCUCCAUGAAUCCUGCAUGUUUCCAGAGUUUGUCUAUACCUUAAUUUGGGGGGAACGCUAUAUUAUCUUAUUCCAACUUGACUUGUCAUAUCAGGUUUUAUGUCUGAAACUUGUAAGUAAUAGGGUUAUAUCCGAAUCUUGAAAUAGAUCUACUACGGCUGAGUCCUUCGCUUCAUGUUUGUUUUGAUUAGCUACCUCUGCUAUAGUGAACGUUUUUUUUUCAGUAACUUGUGUCCUAGAAUGGUGUUGCCAAUAAUUAUGAUAGAAAAAUAUUUGAGUCAUCGUUAUAACAGACACUCAUACUAGCCUAUUAUUAGGGCACCUAAUAGGAAAGCAUGAAAUCUGCCAUCAUACACUUAUAUACUGCACUUAUAAAUAUCUGAAAACCUCAAGGCAUUUCGUAUGUGCCAGCGUACACAUAUAAUGUGCCCGCACAGUAAUGAAACAAACGCAUUUUUGGCAAGUGCCAGGUAAAAUCUGUAGCAUCACUGGCAUCUAUCAUUGCAAGACAUACAUAAAUGCCAGCUAAAUUAUAUGCAUGUGUGUGAUAGCUGAAAAGCAAGCUGGCCAAUAAUUGGCGUGCGUCUGAAAAGUGAAAUUUCCGCUCUCCUAAAAUUAACCCAACCCAUUCUUUCUCCCCCAAUCAAUUCCGCAGUAUUCUUCACCUUGCUUUGGACCCUUAGUGCCUGCCCCUCACUGCUCCAUUGCGCGCCACUCAUCCCUCACCUAACCCUCAUAGCCUGCCGCACCAUGCCAUUGCUCCUGUCACUGGUGCCCUCUCCCUUUGAGCUGUACAUGAAGGAACUGCUUGAUUGCAUUGUCUUUUCAUGACUUGCAAGUUUUUACUCCAGUGUCAGACAAAAAAAAGUCUGACAAAUUAAUAAAUAUGCUUAGCAUAAGGUGGUUUGCUUGUUAAGUCGUCUGAAUAAACUUCAAAGUGGAAACACAAAUGUAUGACGCGUUAAAUUUUCUCUGAAGAGUUGGUUCUUAUUCUAGUAUGUUUUUGUUGUUUUGUCCCAUGCAUCAAUUUUCUAAUUAGCUCAUGCUUUACUAUAGUCAACCCACUCUGAUGUAAAAGCCAUUCAUUUAAAAUCCCUUGGAUGAUCAGUAUUAUUGUGGACUUGUGGUUCUUACUUAACAUCAAUUUUUUUCUUUAUCUGCAUGCUAUUUGUUCUAAAGUGAUUAUCUCUUGGUCACAUAUUCGCAAAAUGUACUACACAUGCAUAGGCUAUUUAUAUAUUAUUAUGUCCUUUUUCAGGAGCUGAUUCAAGGUGUAGGUUGUACUAUGUGAGAAGGACAGCUGUGCACAUCAAGACUCAAAUUAGCUUCGCUUGAUUACACUUCAGCUGGCUGAAUAAUAAUAUAUACUUGAUUUUGGUGGUUCAAAAACAUGGGUUCUAGAUUUCCAUCACAUCAGCUGAGCAGUGGCCUUUAUGUUUCUGGCCGACCUGAGCAACCUAAGGAGAAGGCCCCGACCUUUGGAUCCAAUGUGAUGCCAUAUACUGGUGGUGACACCAAGAAAUCUGGAGAGCUUGGGAAGAUGUUUGAGCUCCAUGCUGAAAGAUCCAGAAAAUCUGGUCCUCUAGGCAGUGCGCCUUCGAGAAAUCCUUCAUUUGGUGGUGCUGCCUCCAACUCUGGACCUGUGUCUAAUGCUGGCGGUCGGUCAAACUACUCUGGUUCUCUUUCAUCUUCAGUUCCUGGCGCCGGAGGAUCAGCAAGAGCAAAAUCUAACUCCGGACCACUCAAUAAGCAUGGAGAACCAGUAAAGCGGUCAUCUGGUCCCCAGUCUGGAGGUGUGACCCCAAUGGCUCGCCAGAAUUCCGGCCCUCUCCCUCCAAUGCUUCCUAUGACUGGGCUUAUCACAUCUGGCCCUGUUACUUCUGGACCACUGAAUUCGUCUGGUGCCCCAAGAAGGAAAGUAUCUGGAUCUCUUGAUCCUGCUGCAUCGAUGAAGGCGCGGGCCACAUCGCUUGCUCACAACCAGGCUGUUACUACACUCACCAGUGAAGGUGGUUUCUCAGUUAUGGGAAGCAUUUCAAAGUGGGUAUUCUGGCUAGUGAUCACACUCUUGCUGUUCGGGUUUGCAGUAGGUCUCUUCAUUCUUAUUGCUGUUCACAAUGCGAUUGUGCUGAUAGUUGUUGUUGCAAUGAUUGGUUCUGUUGCUGCACUUGUGUCUUGGAAUGUUUGGCGGGGCAGGAGAGGCGUGCUCAGGUUUGUCAAUAGCUGUCCUGAUACUGAUCUCAGAACUGCAAAGGAUGGAGAGUAUGUGAAGGUUACAGGGGUUGUUACGUGUGGAAAUUUCCCCCUGGAGUCCUCAUUUCAAAGGAUUCCGAGAUGUGUGUACACUUCAACUAGGCUGUAUGAGUAUAGGGGCUGGGAUUCAAAAACUGCAAACCCCAAGCAUCGCCGGUUUACCUGGGGAUUACGGACAGCAGAGCGACAUGCGGUUGAUUUCUACAUUUCAGAUUUCCAGUCUGGGCUUCGAGCAUUGGUGAGAACAGGAAGUGGGGCACGGGUGACACCAUAUGUUGAUGAAUCGGUAGUAAUUGACGUCAAUCCUGAGAACAAGGACAUGUCUCCUGAAUUUCUUAGAUGGCUACGAGAAAGGAACCUCUCAAGUGAUGGUCGGAAAAUGCGCCUAAAAGAAGGAUACAUCAAGGAAGGCAGCACUGUGAGCGUGAUGGGGGUCGUUCAAAAGAAUGAGAGCGUGUUGAUGAUAGUACCUCCAUCAGAGCCCAUCUCAUCUGGUUGCCAGUGGGGGAGUUGUUUCUUCCCAGCGAACCUUGAAGGACUGGUCGUGAGAUGCGAAGAUACUUCAGACAUGGAUGUCAUACCAGUAUAGCAAGCUGAUGAUUGCCGUGGUGUGGAAUAGCUGCUGUUGAAGAGGGAAUGUUGGCCUGUCGAAUCUUUUGACCUCGGGUUGGGUUUGAUUGGUAGAGUAUUAGAACUGAGAAAAAAUGUACAAAUGUUAGGUGUGAUUAAGGCUAGUAAAGAUGGGAGUAUGGCUGCUGGUUAAUCUGUGUUUGGCUGUAUAGUCCUUUUUCAAUGUGUUUUGUCCUCCUUUGCUCCUGUUUUUUCGGUUAUGAGCUCUCAAUACUUGUGUAAUAUGAUUGCUUUUGGGCUGUUUGAAGACAUGUUGAAUCGGGUUUAUGUGUUAUUUA